UUAGUACUUUUUUAUCUCACGAAUUUUGUCCGCCUCCUCUUCAUAAUGAAUGAAGUAUGCGUAAUCUCGCAGCCGUAUCGGUGUUCUACCACAAGAGUUGCCAGAAGCGUAGCUUACGAAUCGCCUGAUCGCAUAAUUAUGAAAUACGACCGAAAUCGUACCAGUUAGCUAGGAGCGUCGCCUAAAAAUGACAUCGUGUGGAGUUACUUUGCUGUUGAUCUGCGUGAGUUUUCGCUGUAUUCUAGCACUUCCAGCGCAAAUGUUUUCUCCUGGUAUACCCAUAACUCCCACAGAGAUUCAGAACCCAGGUCAAAUCACCGGAAUUUUCGCAAACAAACCAGAUGCUAAUAUCGUAACGCGUUUUCAAUCCGAAAAACCUGCUUCAACCGUGCAAAAUAAUUUAGUUAGUCCCAACACGGUCCCAACAUACCCAAGCACUGGAAAUACCUAUAACUUUAGCGGUACCAAACCGGUGUACGCAGAUUCAAAUGGUCCAUACUAUGCAGCUCCACAGUACUACGGACAAAAACCGAGUGGAUAUAUUUAUCCAAACGGAAUGAUUCCUCAUCCUAGACCAGUUGGGCCUGUAAGUCAACUCAUUAGCAACGCCAUCGGUGGCAACACAAGUUGGAAUCGCCUUGGAUCGCCUCAGACCGUCGGUGCGUUGGCUACUUUAGGAACUCUGGGAACGAUAGGCGCACUGGGAACGUUAGGUGCCGGAGCUUUGUAAGUUACUCGGAUGAAUCUGGUGCUGAUCUAAUUAUUAGUCCACAAUGAUGAAGAUGUACAACUUUUAUUACUAAAAUAAACAGGUUCAUUGUUUAUCAGUCAUUGAAAUCUCUUAUAUUUACAUUUUUUUAUUUAUAAGUUCUGC